GUGAGUGAAAAAACCCCAAGGGUCGUUUAACGUAAUUUCUGAGUUUGGCUAAAAGUCGUAGUUGCCCUUCUUUGCACCGAGUGUGCUCUCUCGUCUCUACCCCGCCGCUCUACUAUCUACUAAGUCAUUCAUCAUCACCUCUCUGUUUUUACCAACUUCUCCAUUGUUGCUAGUAAGUUUUUACAAGCAACUUUUCCCCUUUUUCUAUUUUAUUGUGUCGCCUGUUGUAUUUAAUUCUACUUCAUUCAUAUUUCUAGUUUCUUCGUGAGAUUGUGUUAUGUUUAGGAAUUAGCAUAUGUAAUUCAAACCUCAAAGGAUCUUUAUGUAUUUGUUAGAACUUGUUCUCAAUGAAUUAACAUGGUUGUGAGUUCACUUUGAAGUUCACCCAUUUGCCUAUGUGGCGUCAAGGUCAGAAUCUUCUGCGGCGAGCCUCACCGAUAUUAAUUGUUCUCCCUCAUUCAUCAAACUCUAGCUACGGAAUCAGACAAAUUAUUACUGGUUCAGCUUCAUCAUCAAGCCCAAGUGUGUCGAUAUGGAGGCGCAAGAAAGAAAUGGGAAAAGAAGGUUUAAUGGUUGCCAAGGAGCUUAAGCGCUUGCAAUCGAACCCUGUCCGGUUUGAGAGGUUCAUUAAGUCCCACGUUUCUCGCCUUCUCAAAUCUGACCUUGUAGCUGUUCUUGCUGAGUUCCAAAGACAAGAUCUUGUUUAUCUCUCCAUGAGGUUGUACGAGGUUGUUCGCAAAGAAAUAUGGUAUAGGCCAGACAUGUUCUUUUACAGGGAUAUGCUUUUCAUGCUUGCAAGAAACAAGAAGGUAGAUGAAGCAAAGAAGGUAUGGGAAGAUUUGAAGCAAGAAGGAGUGCUUUUCGAUCAGCAUACAUUUGGUGAUCUUGUCAGGGCUUUUCUAGAUGGUGGAUUACCUUCAGAGGCAAUGCACAUAUAUGAUGAAAUGAGGCGCUCUCCUGAUCCUCCUAUGUCUUUACCCUAUCGUGUUAUACUGAAGGGUUUACUUCCUUACCCAGAACUGAGGGGAAAAGUGAAGGAUGAUUUUCUGGAACUGUUCCCAGAUAUUGUAGUUUAUGACCCACCUGAAGAUUUAUUUGAUGAAGAAGAAUGGAGAAAGGAGAGCGAGGAUCAUUAGAGUAUGCUGUUGACUUGAAUUUUCUCAAUGGCAUUUAGGAUGUCCGCUGUACAAGAAGAUAGUGGAAUAGUAAAUGUGGAGUGCUUUGGCAGCAGGUUGAGCAAUCCUUUAUGCUGCUGAACAGAUGAGUGCUACCGAUUUUGAGAAUUUGAAAUGUGACCCAGGAAAACCGUGCAAAAUUAAAAGUUAAUGCGCAGGUAUGAAACUUACCCAUAAUAUCCAAACUGAAGUUGGUUGAAUGCUAGCUUCUAAUGAAGUGGAUAUAUCAUUUUCUGCAAUUUGUGUUGGAAGAGAAGCUGCCAACUUUCUCCUUAUUACGGUUCACUCCGAUCAAAAAGUUAAUGAAUGCCUGCAGUUGUUGAGGCUAGCCAUUAUCACCAUCUCAUUUAGUUAUUCUUAUGAGAUGGUGAAUGUCAGCAUAAAUGCUCCCCCAAAUAAAUUAAUAUAUGCUCAUCAUCCAAAUUAUUGGUUAUGGUAUCCUGAAUCUUCAGAACAAUCUGGUUUCUGCAGUACCGUUUUUGAACUCUAGCAAUAUUCUCAUAUAGUCACAUCAUGUAAUUGAGUUUUGAUCUUCACGUGAUUGAAGUAUCAAGCUAUGUGGUCAUUAUAUAGCAUUUGGUCACGUCACAGGGUUCAAUAUCUUCAGGCUUACAUUUCUUGCUAUCAUCUCUUUAGGGCCUUUUGCUAUAUCCUCUGUCAAGGUAUUCUCCCUAAAAAGUGCUGAUUCUGUGAGAUUUUGGCUUAGGUGUUUUAAAUGUGACAAUGGUAUAUUUGUUGCUGUGGAGUUGUUUCCGAGAUAAUGGUUCGGCCUACAAGUACCAGAAAGAAAAUUGAAGAACCUAAUUCAUUUUGAGGCACUGAUUUGUUAGUCUAAGAAGUGGAAGGGAAUUCGUUGAGCGUUUGGGCCGUUUGGCUGUUCCAGUUUCAUGGUUCCAGCUUCAAUUACUGUUUGUUGUUUCGGAACAAGCCAGAGAUAUGAUGUUUUCUGAUUCACUCGAGCAUUGACAAAACCAAAUUUCUUCUGUGUUCGGGGUGGAGACUCUUUCGGGAUGGUCUAGAACUUUGAGAUAUGUGCCAUUGCCUUCGAAUACUUAUAUCAUAUUUGCUAUACUUGGUUGGGAUGAAGAAAGUGGAACUGAACAUAUGAGCAACGGUAUUGUUAUCCUAUAUUUGUUUGGGGCGAAGAGAUAGAAGAUGGGAGGAGAGGAAGUAAAAAAUGAGGAUUCUAGGUAACUUUUUGUUUGCAAGUAAAUGAAGAGGGAAGAUGGAGUUGGACUAAAAUAAGAAGAAA